AUGAAUCCUUUGAUUUCUGCUGCUUCCGUUAUUGCUGCUGGAUUAUCCGUAGGCCUUGCUUCUAUUGGACCUGGCAUUGGUCAAGGCACUGCUGCGGGACAAGCUGUUGAAGGUAUUGCGAGACAACCAGAGGCGGAGGAUAACCGUAAACAGAAAAUAUCGAGUACUAUUCAGAGUUCUGAAGAACUAUGUAAAGGAGCUGGUAAUCAACUUGAGCAAGCCCGGGCUCGCUUACGGGAAGUAGAAAGGCGGGUACGCGAAAUUCGGGUAAAUGGAUAUUCUCAAAUACAACAAGAAAAAAAUGAUCUUAUCAAUGUUGCUUCUAUUAAUUUGAAACAAUUAGAAAAUUUAAAGAAUGAAACCAUUCACUUGGAACAAGAAAGAGUAAUUGAACUGGUUCAAAAACAAAUUUCUUACCAAGCUGUCCAAAGAGCUCUAGGAACUCUGAAUAGUCGUUUGAAUAGCGAGUUACAUUUACGUACGAUCGAGCAUAAUAUCGACCUGCUCCUAGCCAUGAAAAACAUAACUGAUUAA